UAAUCUUCAUAAACAGAGGCAAGGCUUGACCCACCAUGAACCUAUGCUCUGCCAGUUCUGCUCUGCGGACCUCGAUGCUCUCAGUCCCGACGACCGACAAACUCAUUACAAUAGACAUCUCGAUGAACCUUCAUCCUCGACUAUCCUUCGUGCAUCAACAGCAUCUACCUCGACACAGGCUGGCGCAAAACGGAAAUGGUACUCUCCAAUGAAACAUGACGACUUUUUCUGGUACCCCGCACAGAAGGAUGCUCCUCCUUCGAACUUCACUCCUGGUUUGAUCUCCCUCGUGAAGAAGGCUUUGAUGUCUUCACACGAGAAAGGCUACACGCAGAGAGCAGUACUUUGUUACGACAGAACCGUUCAUAUUUACCACGAGUUAUGGGAUUCCGGAUGGGGCUGCGGAUACCGGAAUUUCCUGAUGGCCUGUACAGCCCUCAUGGACCAGCCCAUCCAACCCGAGUAUGCUCGCCUACUCAACGAGCCACUACCCCCGAGUGUUCACAAUUUACAGCAAAUGAUAGAAGACGCUUGGAAGCACGGAUUCGACAAGGAAGGUGCUGCGCAGCUCAACCAUAAGUUGAUUGGCACGAAGAAAUGGAUCGGUACGGCGGAACUAUACGUUGCUUUAGCGCACCGUGGAAUCCCAUCCCAGCUUGUAGACUUCAAUCUUAAGGGUGAUGCCGGCCCGCUCAUCAACUGGGUCAAAGAAUACUUCUCACCUACGCAACGCCAUAGAGCGGUCACGGUGCACGACGCUCUUCAUCAAGCUGAAGCCGUCACUGUCACGGACCUCAUGCCUCUCCUCCUUCAGCAUCAAGGACACUCGAGGACCAUCGUUGGUUAUGAAAUCACGAAGACUGGGACUACUAAUCUUCUGCUCUUUGAUCCAGCGAAACAUGCAGACCGGGACUUACGCGAUGCUGCUCUUCAUAAAUUCUACACCCAAACGCCCCAGAACGCAAAUCAUAGCGCACAAGAUUCAUAUACUCACGGGCGUCGUGGACAUGGUCAUCGAGCACGUCUAAUGGAUCACCUGAAGAAGCCUUUUCAACACAGUAGUUCGAGUGGCCAUUCACUAGCAACAAGUCCACCUGGAAGCGGAGGGAGUCCCGUCAAGCGCUUACGAGCUGGACAAGCACCUGACGACGACGUCAUUGUCAUCGAGGACGAGAUAGAGGACGAGAUAGAGGUCGUGGAAGAUAGCGGUGCACCUCAAGACCGAGGCCGGCAAGCCUUUCAUGGGAAAGGGAGGAUACUAGGUGGGAAGGAGGCAAAGGUGGAUGACGGAAAAGUGUUAAAGUUCGUGAGAGUAAAUGCGAAGUCGUUGGUAAAGGCGGAGAAGUACCAGAUUCUUUGGUUUCCUAUGGAUGAGCCCCUCAACGACUACGCUAAAGGCAAGCGGCAUUUAGUGACGAGCAGGAAAAUAUCUUGAACGUUUUCCUUCAUGGUCUCCCUUCAUCUUGCUUGUAUCGUCUAUGAACUUGAUUAUGGAGUACCUUGGGUUUUAUCGGUCACUCUCACCAUCACUAACUAGUCCGGUGUCUAGCCCAGCACCACCCGCAUGUGUCUGUCUCAAGGGAUCACAAGGACCUUUAUUUAUUCGCAUCUUCUCGUAGUUUUCCUUCUUAGUCAUGACUGAAUACAUUAUGCACGAAUAAUAUCGUACUAUGGACCAGUUGGUUCUUAUCUCGCUCUGUCACAUCUCAUCCUAUGCUCACUGUUUUAUCGUUAACGUUCGUGGACUAUACAUUAUGUGACAAGUUGUUUGGGCCCGUAAACCUUUCGUUGUUG